AUGGCGAACAGAGGACGGACUCUAGACUCCGAGGUCUUCUGCAUCAAAGACCUAAAGGAACAGGCGUCCAAGAAGCUGCCUAAGAUGUACAGAGAGUACUUCAAUGAGGGAGCCAUGGACAUGAUAACUCUCCGCGACAACGAGGCGGCAUUUGACCGCUAUCGACUACGUCCUCGGAUAUUAAAGAAUGUGUCCUACGUCGACACGUCAACGACCAUCUGGGGCAGCAAGGUCCUGUUCCCGUUUGGCUUCUCUCCGGCCGCAAUGCAUCGACUAGCUCACCCUGAUGGCGAAGUGGGAACCUCCAAAGCCUGUGCCGCCUUGAACGUGGCCAUGGGUCUUUCGGCGUAUGCGACCGACUCUCUCGAGGACGUUAUCGCGCAGGGCUCAGGGAAGACGAACCCCUACGCUAUGCAAAUCAGUAUCAUGAAGGACAGGAGCCUGACUCGUCAGCUUCUGCAGAGAGCUGAAAAAGCCGGCUACAAAGCCCUUUUACUCACGGUAGACGCACCAAUGCUCGGUCGUCGUCUCAACGAGUACCGCAACAGCUUCGGCAUGCCCGAGGAGAUGAAAUAUCCAAACAUCGCUCCGGGAAUGGACGCUAGCAACCUUGAAGAAGGAGACAACGCACUUGCAUAUGAAAACGGAGUGGACUGGGACGAAGCGAUCUCUUACAUCAAGAGCAUUACCAACCUUCCCAUCUGGGUCAAAGGACUGUACACGGCCGAAGAUGUCGCCACGGCAAUCUCAUACGGACUGGACGGCGUCGUCAUCUCCAACCACGGAGGUCGCCAACUCGACAGCGUUCCAGCCACGCUGGACGCUCUCCGUGAAUGUGCACCAGUGGCAAAGGGCAAGAUCUCCAUCGCCAUUGACGGGGGCGUCCGAAGAGGCACCGAUAUCUUCAAGGCAAUUGCUCUUGGAGCCGAUUUCUGCUUUGCCGGAAGAAUACCCAUCUGGGGAUUGGCCUACAACGGUUCAAAGGGCGUCGAACUCGCAAUCAAUCUCCUCUACGACGAGUUCAAAUUGGCCAUGGGACUUGCCGGAUGCAAGAGUGUAUCUGAGAUCAAUCGCGGCCACUUGUCGAUCUUGGAGGCAAACGGAAUUCUUUCCAAGUUAUAG